AUGGGCCAACGUGGGCCACGGGUGCACACUUCUCUCCUCUGGGCCGCCCUGGCCAGCCUGCUCCUCCCCCCUGCCAUGACCCAGCAGCUGAGAGGGGCUGGGCCAGGCCCCAGCAACUGGAACAACAAUGCAGGAGUCGUGGGGCCCUCGGAGGACGUGUCAGGUGAGUUUGGCCACCCCAUCCACAGCCACGGAGGCCAUGGAGAUGAGAAGGAGGAUGUUUCUACAGAGAGAGAGUAUCAAUUCCGGAGCCACAGAGGCCACGGAGAAGAGAACGAAGAUGUCUCCGGGGAAUACAGUCACGGACUCCGAGACCACAGGUACCGAGACCACGAGGUCAGAGAGGAGGAUGCCCCUGAUGAGGGAGUCUUCACAAAGCAUGCUCGGCAAGCCCGUGGGCACAGAGGUCAUGAGAAUGAAGAUGUGGAAGAUUCAGCCGAGCAUGGGCACCACUUCCCCAGCCACAGAAGCCACAGCCAUGAGGACGAGGACGAGGGUGAGGUUGUGUCCAGCAAGCAUCACCAUCAUAUCAUCAGGCAUGUACAUGGAGGCCACAGAGAGGAGGAGGAUGAAGACGAGGAGGAAGGGGUUGUCUCCACGGAGUACGGACACCAGGCCCACAGGCACAGGGGCCAUGGGAAGGAAGAGGAUGAGGAUGCUUCAGAUGAGCAUCCCCAUCACGUCCCCAGACACCAUGGGCGCCGAGGCCACGGAGAAGAAGAUGACGACGAUGUUGAUGAUGAUGAUGAUGUCGUCUCCACUGAGUACGGACACCACAUCCACAGGCACCAAAGCCACGGGAAAGAAGAGGAUGAAGACGUCUCAGAAGAACAUCCCCAUCAUGUCCCCAGCCAUGGACACCGAGGCCACGGAGAAGAAAAUGACGAUGAUGAUGAUGAUGAUGAUGAUGAUGUCGUCUCCACUGAGUACGGACACCACACCCACAGGCAUCACAACCAUGGGAAGGAAGAGGAUGAAGGUAUCUCAGAAGAACAUCCCCAUCAUGUCUCCAGCCACGGACACCGAGGCCACAGAGAAGAAGAUGAUGAUGAUGUUGAUGAAGAUGAUGAUGAUGUCAUCUCCACUGAGUACGAACACCACACUCACAGGCAUCACAGCCACAGGAAGGAAGAGGAUGAAGACGUCUCAGAAGAACAUCCCCAUCAUGUCCCCAGCCACGGACACCGAGGCCACGGAGAAGAAGAUGACGACGAUGUUGAUGAUGAUGAUGAAGAUGUCAUCUCCACUGAGUACGGACACCACACCCACAGGCAUCACAGCCACGGGAAGGAAGAGGAUGAAGACGUCUCAGAAGAACAUCCCCAUCAUGUCCCCAGCCACAGACACCGGGGCCACGGAGAAGAAGAUGAUGACGAUGUUGAUGAUGAUGAUGACGAUGUCAUCUCCACUGAGUAUGGACACCACACCCACAGGCAUCACAGCCACGGGAAGGAAGAGGAUGAAGACAUCUCAGAUGAACACCAUCAUCAUAUCCCCAGCCACAGACACCGAGGCCACAGAGAAGAAGAUGAGGAAGAGGAUAUGUCCACUGAGUAUGGACACCAGGCCCACAGGCACCGAGGCCAUGGAGACAAAGAAGAUGAGGAAGAGGAUGUGUCCACUGAACACUGGCACCAGAGUCCCAGACAUACUCACAGCCUUGGAGAGGAGGAGGAGGACGAGGAGGAAGAGGAGAUCACAGUCAAGUUCAGCCACCACGUUGCAAGCUCCCAACCCCAAGGCCACAAGAGCACUGAGGAAGAGGAUUUUCCAGAUGAAUAUCAAUCAGCGGUCCCAGACCAUCACCACCAUGAGGUCCCCAAGGAGGAAGAUGCGGACGUCUCUGACAAGCUUGGCCACCAGGCUCCCAGCCACAGGCAACAAGGCCACCAAGAUGAAGGAACUGGCCAUAGAGGAUCCAUCAAAGAUGAGAUUAGCCCCCAGCCCCCAGAACACAUGGGGAUCAAGGAUAGAAGCCAUUUGAGGGAGAGAGAUUCUAAGGAGGAAGAGGAGAAGGAAGAGGGCCACAGCUCCCAUGAAGAAGAUGAUGAAAGUUCAGAACAGGGAGAGGAGCACACCCGCCAUGGCAGCCUGGACCAGAAGGAUGAAGAAGAUGAGGAGGAAGGUCACGGCCUCAGCCUGAGUCAGGAGGAGGAGGAGGAGGAGGAGGAGGAGGAGGAGGAGGAGAGGAGGGAAGGGAAGGCUGAGGUUCAGGCCCCUCUGAGCCAAGACCACCAAGAGGAGGAAGAGGAGGAGGAGGGACUGGAGGAAGAUGAGCUCCCCUUCACCAUCAUCCCUAACCCACUGGCCAAGAGGGAGGUGGCUGGAGGUGGCUCCAGUGAGGAGGAAAGUGGUGAGGACACUGGCCUGCAGGGUGACCAGGAAUACGGGAACUACCAGCCGGGGUCUCUGUGUGGCUACUGCUCUUUCUGCAAUAGAUGUACUGAAUGUGAGAAUUGUCACUGUGACGAGGAGAACAUGGGAGAGCACUGCGACCACUGCCAGCACUGCCAGUUCUGCUACCUCUGCCCGCUGGUUUGCGAAACGGUCUGCACUCCAGGAAGCUACGUCGACUAUUUCUCCUCCUCCCUGUACCAAGCCCUGGCGGACAUGCUGGAAACUCCGGAACCCUGACCCCGCGGCGCGGCUGCGGCGCAGACGCACCUCCCUCGCCCUCCAACCCCUGCCCACGAGCCAUAUUUAUUGAACUGAAUAUGAAUAAACAUGUUCCCCGAAACCUCA